CUUGCAGGCGUCUCUAUAGGAUAUCAAGUAUAUAGUUUGUAGUUGUUUCCGGUGCUCUUUGCAAAAUGGUGAAGCUGACAAUGAUAGCGCGGGUCACUGAUGGCCUUCCUCUGGCAGAAGGGCUUGAUGACGGGCGGGAUCAAAAGGAUUCUGACUUCUACAAGCAGCAAGCUAAACUUCUUUUUAAGAACUUGUCAAAGGGGCAACAUGAAGCCUCAAGGAUGUCAAUUGAGACGGGAUCAUACUUUUUCCACUACAUCAUUGAAGGCCGAGUAUGUUAUCUAACAAUGUGUGACCGUUCUUAUCCAAAGAAGCUUGCAUUCCAGUACUUGGAAGAUCUGAAAAAUGAAUUCGAGAGAGUCAAUGGAAGUCAGAUUGAAACUGCGGCAAGGCCUUAUGCUUUUAUUAAGUUUGGUAUGUUGUUAAUCUCUACUGCACAUGCCACCAUUGUUUUUAUUCACCCUCUCAAGUUCUACUGCUUUAUAACAUAUGUUUCUCUGUAUUUAGAUACAUACAUACAGAAGACUAAGAAACUCUAUUUGGAUACCAGAACCCAAAGGAACAUUGCAAAACUGAAUGAUGAGCUCUAUGAGGUUCAUCAAAUUAUGACUCGCAAUGUCCAAGAAGUUCUUGGCGUCGGUGAAAAGCUAGACCAGGUCAGUGAAAUGUCAAAUAGGUUGUCAAAUGAAACGAAAAUGUAUGCAGAUAAGGCGAAGGAUCUCAAUCGGCAGGCUUUCAUUCGGAAGUAUGCUCCCGUUGCCAUUGUGAUCGGGGUCGUAAUAAUCCUGUUCUGGGCCAAGAACAAGAUAUGGUGAUUCCACUAAACAAAGGAAGCUGGCCUGUGGUAUAACACUGGAGAAAGAAGACAGUUAUGGUCGAAUCUGGAUCAAGAGAUGCUUGGAUAGCUUGCAUCCCGUAUCUGCCUGUUCAAGCGAGUAGUUUGAAGCUACCUUCUUACAAGCUAUUCAAGUGAAUUCGUUGUAGUAUAGAUCUUAUAUGACGGACUUGAUUUUGUGAAUCCUCAGAACCGUACAUACAAGAGCUCUGUAGAGUUGACCUUUCGAUACCGGGAUUGUGUUUUCCUGAGAACUCUUGUAAGAAUUUGGGGGGCUGAUGAACUA